GUAUUGCAGUCAGGGACAGCAGAGCCACUCAGUUCCAAGCACAACAUGGUUGGAAACUACCUGCCAGCAAGGUGGAGGCUGGGCCGCCGCACGGUGUUGCUGUUCUGCUCUCUGGGCGUGUGCGUGUUCUCCCUCGUCUGCUGUUACCAAGCCCUCUGGCUGAGCCCACGCCUCCAGACACAGGCCCCCCUUGCCCCCGCCCCUGUCGGCCAGUUGUGGGUGGAGCCAGACCGGGUCACCCUCCCCGACCCCACAGGACCAAUGGGGGAGAUUCAUCAACGUCACUUCCUGCUUCAGGAAGACUCCACCCCCUACUUUGUACGCACCCAGUCUGGGGCGCUGUGCUUCAGAGACGGGAUGGAAGAACCCGCCCCCCACCGCCCUCCCCCCCGGUCCGCCCCUCCUCCAGAGGCCGGGGAUCCUCCCAGGAAGGGUGUCCGUCCGAGGUGUGUGUGCAGACCGGGAUGGCACGGCCCUCACUGUGGUGUCCCCACCCUGGUGCAGCACUCCAACCUGGCCACCAGAGGGCGCCUCCUGCCCAGGGAGGUGCCUCGGCGCGUCAUCAACGCCGUCAACAUCAACCACGAGUUCGACCUCCUCCACGCACGCUUCCACGAGCUGGUCUCGGCCGUCGACCUCUUCCUGGUGUGCGAGUCCAACUUUACAGCGUACGGCGAGCCAAAGGAGACUCCCUUCCUGCGCAUGCUGCUGAACGGCACCUUCAACUACGUCCGUCGUAAGAUCCUCUACGUGUUCCUCGACCACUUCCCCCCGGGUGGCCGCCGAGACGGCUGGAUUGCCGAUGACUACCUCCGCACCUUUCUGACACGCUCAGGCCUUUCCCGGCUGCGCGGGCAGCGUCCCGACGACGUCCUCAUCCUCGAUGACGCCGACGAGAUCCCCGCAGCCGCCGGCGUGCUCUUCCUGAAGCUGCACGAUGGCUGGACCGAGCCCUUCGGCUUCCACCUCCGCAAGUCCCUCUACGGGUUCUUCUGGCGGCAGCCCGGUACUCUGGACAUCGUGUCCGGCUGCACGCUGGCCAUGCUGGACGCAGUCUACGCCGGCGACGGCAUCCUGCUGCGGAGGCGGAACUACUACACCCUGCCGGGGUUUCGGGAGUACGAGCAGAGCGCCGGGCGCCGGCUGGCUCCGUGGUCGCUGGGCAGUACUGUCCACUACGCCGGCUGGCACUGCUCCUGGUGCUUCCGGCCGGAGGGGAUCUACCGCAAACUGGUGUCGGCCCAGAACGGAGACUUCCCCCGCUGGGGGGACUUUGAGGAGAAGAGGAACCUGAGCUACAUCCGGGAGCUGGUCAGGACGGGCGGCUGGUUCGACGGCUCGGUGGAGGGGUACCCUCUGACUCGUCUUGGGGAUCACAUGUACGCACCAGAGUAUGUUCUGCAAAACUUUCAACAAUAUCACUACUUACUGAAGAAUCCAUAUGCUGCACCAGAGAGGGAAAACAUAUAAAUGUUGAUCUCAUUGCCUUUGGGUAAACGUUUGGCUGCUAUUUUGAUCAAAAAGUGACUCUUUACUAAUCACAUUUUACUUGUUUACUUGUUUAACACAAAGGGAGGCCAGUGUUUGAUGAACUGUACAGGUUUGGCCGCUACAUUUGAAACACCAAUGUAGCCUGGGAUGGGUUUUUGGUGCGAUGGGUUUCCAACUUGGAACUCUCAGGUAAUCCACAAAGAAACUUCAAUAUAACAAAACAACGUAUCUUACAAACAUGAAUGUAGCUUUCUUCAAUAAAACAAUUACAUUGUUUACAAGACACUUAUCAUUCCAUAUUGAAAUUAAUAAUAGAGGAACUUAUAUAGGUAGAGAGAACAAACAGUUGAAGUCUAGCUUGUUUCCUGCCUCCCGGUCUCAGUGCCACACUGCCAUCUACAGGUAAGGGAAACAAUGUCUGUAAAUGAACCCCUGGAUGUGUAAAAAGGGGGAUUGAACCACCUGUUUAUCCACAUGUUGAUCCACCUACCGCUAGACUGAAGCAGGGGCGUAGCCAGAAUAAUCUUUUUGAAUAGGCCUAGAAAAAUAUGGAUAUGCAUUUUUUCUGUUUUUUAACUUAUUUACUUUGCGAUGUGCACCACAUAUUAUUUCAUAAUACAAUCGUUUUAUAUGAGUGUACAGUGGUGGUUCUAGACACAUUUUACUGGGGGGGGGGCAGUGUUUAA